CCGGAAGUUCACAGACGUUUUAAGCUGCACUUCUACUAACCGUCACUUUUUUAUUUAUUAGCAUUAGCUCGUGCUAAAAUCUCUUUACAUUCACUUCCUGUUAUUAUUAUAUUAUAUAGACUCGUUGCCACGGAAACAGAGUGCGAGUGAAACAAUGUAGCUGCUGAGAAGUAAUGCCAACUCUAAACGGUUUAGUUUUUCUACUAUGAGCUCCCUGUCGGCCCAGCCUCAGGCUUCAAGCUCGUCAUGCAGGACGCUUCCUGGAGAGGGUAAUCAGGUGAAACCAAAAGCCCCGCUGCUGCAGAUCUUGCGUGUAGCUGGAGCUCAGGAGGAUGUCUUCACUCUCAAAGAGGUGAUGCACUAUCUGGGUCAAUAUAUCAUGGGGAAGCAACUGUAUGACAAACAGAGGCAGCACAUUGUCCAUUGCCAGGAUGAUCCUUUGGGUGAACUUCUGGAAGUUGAAAGCUUCUCUGUCAAAAAUCCAAGCCCAGUGUAUGAAAUGCUGAAGAAGUACUUGAUUGUGCUUGGCUGUAGUGACGCUGCAGAGAAUCUUUCUGUGGGCCGUGAGUGUGUAGAGGGCGGAGUGGAGGAUCGUGGUCAGAUAUGUGAGGGUGUGGUCAAAGCAGGAGUGGUGGCCGGAAAUGAUGGGCCUCUUCUGCCGACCCCCUCUCAGAGACGACCUCGUGAUCCAGACGAUGAGUCUCUUGAAGGCCUGCCUCGCUCAGCCUGCAAGCGUCCCAAACUGGAUGUCACGCUGGAAGAGUGGGACCUCUCUGGUCUGCCCUGGUGGUUUCUGGGUAAUCUGCGUAAUAACUAUAGCCGCAGGAGCAAUGGCUCCACUGACAUCCAUACAAACCAACUGUCUCUUGCACAGGAGGAGGACACAGCCAUCGUGUCAGACACAACAGAAGACUUGUGGAUUCUGACAGAGGGCGAGAGUGAGCAAGUGAGUGUGGAGAUGAAGGAAGCGGCGCUAGAAGAGGGAAGUGGAGGAGAAGAAGGUUCUGUUGAUGAUGAUUAUGGAGGAGGCAAGGAGGAAAAGUCAGACCGAGAGAUGCAAGAAGAACCCGAUGAAGACUCUCAGUGUCUGAGUGAUGACACUGAUACAGAGAUCUCCACACAGGAUGCAUGGCAGUGCACAGAGUGCAGGAAAUACAACAUACCUGUCCAGCGGUACUGCGUUCGCUGUUGGGCUCUACGAAAAAACUGGUACAAGGACGUGCCCCGGCUGGCUCAUUCUCUCUCCGUCCCCGACAUCCCAGCGUGCAGCUCUCUCUCUGCCCACGACGAAGAAGACGACAGCGACACGGGCAUCGAUGUUCCAGACUGCAGCAGGACGGUCUCAGACCCAGUCAUCCUGCCCUCACACUCCACAGCUGACCGACCGAUUCCCACAGCAGGUAUGAGUAGAGGCAAAGGGCCGCGCCCGUCUGGCUUCCACAAGCACGGCCAGCUCUCAGAGGGGGAAAGCCAGGAAAGUCUUGGCAUGGAGGUCCAAGAUAUUCGACCGGAGGCGCUGCUGGAGCCCUGCAAGCUGUGUCGGGUGAGACCGCGUAAUGGUAAUAUAAUCCACGGACGAACGGCUCACCUGCUCACAUGUUUCCCAUGUGCACGGAGGUUACAUAAGUUCCAGGCUCCCUGUCCAGGAUGUGGGAAGAUUAUUCAAAAAGUUAUUAAGAUAUUCAUCCUCUAAAGAGCAGCUGAAUGGAUCCAAAGGCUUUUGGCACCUAAACGUAAAUGCAACGCACAGAUGAAAGUAUAAAUAGUUGAACAUGUUUACUUUACAAAUCCUCAAAAGUACACACAAGAAAACACAAAUUUCAGCACUUGGUAAAGUUUGCUCUUCAUCGCUAGGGUUGUUUUGCAUCACACUGCCUGUAAAGUAUUGUCAGACAAGAAGAGUGGUAACUAAUAUUUUUUUUUGUCUCAUUUAAAUAAGGGAAGAGGCAAAACUAUUUAUUUAUUUAUUGCUAGAUGCUCACACUUGAGCAGUCGGUUUGAGGUUUUAAUUGAUCUCAUGAAGGUUUUGUUAUUGUUUUACAACCACAUAAAUGUUCCUAACCUCAACCCUUACUUUAUGUUUGCAGAGUUGCAUCAGUUGAUAUGUUUUUCUCCUCUAAAUAAAUUAGAUAUUUUUAUCUUC